UCCGGAGCAGCGUCACCGGCUCCCCUCUGCCGGGGAAGGGCGGCAUCUGGCUGGCCGGGAGGAGGAGGAGGAGGAGGAGGAGAAGAACGAGAAGAACGAGAACGAGAGACGGGAGGAGAUCUGGUCGAGCGGCGAGCAGGACGUCAAGCCGUCGGACGCGAGGACGCCGCCGCCUGUCUCGGGCCCUCCCAAUCGGAUGACGAGAGAGACGCAGAGGGCCGGCAUGGACCUGGACCUGGACCUGGACCUGGACCUGGACCUGCUCCAUCUAUACAUUUUGAAAAUUACUCAGCAGCCGAUGUGCAGCCGAGCGUGCUGAACCUUGAACCGUGACCAGCGGCGCUCUAUGACUGACCUCCCGUCAGCGGCUGGAACCGUCGGCCGCGAUGACGUCGGUAGACGUGAGCAAUCGCAACGGCCCCCCCGCCAAGCCCCCCACUUCGCUCAGCCUGCGCUCGUCCCACAACCAGCUCCUCGCCAGCGACGUCAUCAAGCAGGGCUCCACGCCGCCCAAGUGUCGCAAAAAGUACGCGCUGACAAAUAUCCAGACCGCCAUGGGCCUCGGGGAGGCGGCGCCGCCUCCGUCGUCAGCCCCUUCGCCGCCUUCGCAACUGCUGACCCCCAACAAUGCCAAACUGGCCAAGAACGGGGUCAACCGACUCCGCAAAGCCGGGCGGGAUCACAAUAGAAAUACAACAGACCUCGGUCUCGAAAGCCCAACGGGGGAUCCGCGCGCGAACCCGCCCGAGGAUGACGCCGAGCUGAACCCAAACGGUAACGCCCACUGCAAGUCGGACGACGACGGGUCAGAGUCGGAGGGCGGCUGUCACGUCAACGGCAACUCGGGAGAUGGCGUUUACCUCUUGAACGAGAGCGACGACGACGGCGGCGGCGGCAUCCUGUCCCGGAAGGAACUUCUGUCCCUGAUGGCGGCCGAAGAGGAGGAGGAGGAGGAGCCCCAAAACGAGUUGAUCAAGAGCCAGUCUCCGGUGAAUAACGGCUCAGACCCCCCCGCGCCCCCCCCACCUUUCCCAGAGGACGCACCCCUCCUCUCGUCUUCCUCUUCCUCGUCCUCUCCGGAGACCAAGGAAGACGGGAGGACCGGCGCUCUCAACCGCAUCCAGAACUUGAACCCGAGCGACGAAGACUUGAGUUGGACCACGUUGUCCCAGGAGAGCAACUCCGCCGGGGAGGCAGCAGAUAUCUGGAACGAGCCGUCUUUCCAAACGGACUCGGACCUGCCGCCCGGAUGGAAGAAGAUCACCGACAUGGCGGGUAUCUACUACUGGCACAUUCCCACGGGAGCGACCCAGUGGGAGAGACCCGCCGCCCACGCCGCCGCCGCCCCCGGACAGACGGAGCCCCGGGCGCCGGGCGAGCGCGCCGGCCCGACGGCGUUUCAACAUCCGGCGGGCUCGCUGAGCCCCUCGCCUACGCCUGACCAAGAGGCGGACGAAGUCUUCUUCAGGGGCUCGGCCCGCUCGGGCAGCUCCGCCUCCGACAGCUCGGCGGAGCCCCUCCACGAGCACGUCCUGCCCACGUGUGGAUUCGUCAACAGCUGCUAUUUCCCUCGCUCCACGUCGCCACAGGGGGCGUCAGAUCAGGAGUGUACCCCCCGUCACCGAGAAGACAAAGACAAGAAGCACGCGUGGGGUGAUUUGGGCGGAAAGAUUGAUAGUGAGGUGUGGAAGGACUUGCAGGAGGCCACGGUGAACCCUGACCCCAGCCUAAAGGAGUUUGAGGGUGCGACUCUUCGCUACGCCUCACUGAAGCUAAGGAACCGUCCAGCGGCGGAAGAAGACGAGACCAGCGUCGCCAACAGUGACCCGCAAUCGAAGUGCUUCGCAGUGCGCUCGCUGGGCUGGGUGGAGAUGGCCGAGGAGGACCUGGCGCCGGGCAAGAGCAGCGUGGCCGUCAACAACUGCAUCCGCCAGCUGUCCUACUGCAAGAACGACAUCCGGGACACGGUCGGCAUCUGGGGCGAGGGGAAGGACAUGUACCUGCUGCUGGAGGACGACAUGUUGAACUUGGUGGACCCGAUGGACCGCACUGUCCUUCACUCUCAGCCCAUCGCCAGCAUCCGCGUCUGGGGCGUCGGCCGCGACAACGGGAGGGACUUUGCAUACGUUGCCCGGGAUAAGAACACCAGGAUCCUAAAAUGUCACGUCUUCCGGUGUGACACGCCAGCCAAAGCCAUCGCCACCAGCCUCCACGAGAUCUGCUCCCGGAUCAUGACAGAGCGAAAGACUGCCAAAGCCGUGGCAGGAGGCUCUCUUCAGGAGAGGAUUCAGGCGGGACUGGAUCUCCCUCUACAAGAAUUCCCCACGCCAAAGACCGAGCUGGUUCAAAAGUUUCAGGUGCUCUAUCUUGGCAUGAUGCCGGUCGCCAGACCCACAGGCAUGGACAUACUGAACGGCGCCAUCGGCAGUCUGGUGGCGACUUCCGCCAAGGAGGACUGGACUCCGGUGGCCCUCAACGUGGCCGACGCGACGGUCACCAUCAGCAAAGACGAGGACGAAAAGGAAGUUCUGGUGGAGUGCCGGGUCCGUUUCCUGUCUUUCAUGGGCGUGGGACACGACGUGCGCACGUUCGCCUUCGUCAUGGACGCCGGCGGCCAUCGUUACGACUGUCACGUGUUCUGGUGCGAGCCCAACGCCGGCAGCGUGUCGGAGGCCGUUCAGGCCGCUUGUAUGCUGCGGUACCAGAAGUGUUUGGUGGCCCGGCCGCUGUCCCAGAAGGCGUGCGGCUCGUCGCCGCCGGGCGACUCGGUCUCCCGCCGGGUGUCGACGAGCGUCAAGCGCGGCGUCCUCUCCCUCAUCGACACCCUCAAGCAGAAGCGGCCCGUCCCCGAGUCGCCGCAGUGAAGGGGAGAGCGUCGCCACGGUAACUACUCGCAUCCUUAUAGAAACCUCCUGUAACCGUGGAAACCCGGCUCAGACCCUCCAGAAUUUUUCAAGACUCAAUCCAGACAACAACAAGAACGUGAGAGCCCUUCCAAUGCGGGGACGGCAUCUAGUGGCCAUUUUUGGCCCGAUGGCCCAACCACCAAGCCCCCCCCCCACCACCACCACCACCCCCCACCCCCGUAGACAUGACAAAAUGCGUAGACGCCGCCUUGAGCGCUUGCGCGUUAGUUGAAAAGUGGACGGCUCGCUGAAGGCGCUCGGAGAGGAACCAAAAGUUUUCCCGUCCCGUCCCGGCCCGGUCUCGCCGCUUCUCCGCGAUACAGUCCGAGAUUCUUUUUCACUUUGAUAUUCAUAUACAGUGGAAUCCAGAUAUUUACAUAGAGUGUGCAAAAACACAUUCCAUUUUUUUUGUACCAAAAUGAUUCACUUUGUUAAAUGUUUCAGUGUUAAACGUUCAUUUUGUUAUGCACUAAAAUGAGAAAGAAGGUCUUAAAUUUGAUAUGAUUUUCUUUUUCAUUUUGCUUUUCCUGACUGAGCUGAAACAGGAGACGUUUUGCCCUUUUUGACUUCAGACAGUGAAACAAAAAAUGACAUGUGUAUCCGUAAAGUGGCUUCAACUGUAUCUAAAAGUUUUUAUCAGUCAAAUGCAAAAUAAUUUGCAAGUACGACUUGGACGUGCCGUUAAUUAUGUCAUUGUUGUCUCAUAAUUACAAUAGAUUGCCGGUGGACCUUCUGUAGUAAAUCUUCAACGAAUACAUGUCAUAAUCUCGUAUCAUUUUCAUCUGAAUGUAAUUUCCAAAACGAAUACACGCAAAGCACUUUUUGCACGACAGUUAUUGAUCGGCCAGCUGAAAAGCAAACGCAUGGAUUUCGCCGUCGGCGUGAUGCAUUAUGGGAAGUUUUGGGAUUCCCUCGACCGUAGGUUGCCUGUUUCAGAUUGCUAGCAAGCUACGUUGAGGACCGUCUGAAAAGCCGAGCAAUCAUAGAACUGCUUUGGCGAGGCACUAUGUUGGAGUGAGUUGUAGAGAUGCGUAGUGCUUGUCGCCACCCGGUGACAUCCGCGGGCGGUUCCAAAAGUCUUGGCGACCCGCCAUUGAUGUGCGGGUGCUUCUGAAGUCUUUUGAUUGGAUUUGGCUUUUCUAACGUUGAAUUUUUUGGGCUUUGUGUCCACCAAUUCUGAAUUUCUGUGGUGGAAGCAGCCUGCAAACCAAAUCGACAUUUCCCUGAAGUCAUGACGAUAACAUUUUAGUUGAUUGAUGAUUUUUUUUUUUUUUUUCAUUAUUAAUUUUUUUCCCCAUAGAAUUCCCAAAGAUCAAAGGCAGCAAAAACUCGUCCGGUCGGUCUGACCGUGACGUUAUUCCUCGUGAAAUUGAUAGCGGCCACUUCAGGUGUCUAAAUAAAUUAUUAUACUUAUUUAGAAGAUCCACAUCACAGAUAUGUUUCUGGAUCGGGUCUGUUUCAAUAUUUGAUUAUCAUAUUCCCAUAUUCACUGUCACUACGGCAGUAUUGGAAGACGUAAACACUCCUAAAUUGCUUUGGGGCUUACUUCUAUCCUAAAUAAAAAGUUGCACAGGUUAUUUUUGGUGCCUAUUUUGUAAACAUGUUCAUGUUGGUGGCAGCUGAUGAAUGUGCAGAAUUUCAAGUUUCGUGACUUUGACUUUUCGCCUACCUCAGUUUCUCUGCCACAUCCAAUAUGGCGGACAGAAAGACGUGCGCCAGCAGCGGGCCAAACUGCUCAAGGCGGUGUCUACGUGUAUAUCUCCCCCCCCCCGCCGCCCCCCAAACGAACAUGUCGAGGACUCUAAAAUGGCGGCGAGAAAGGAAGUACGACAAUGACGUAUGCGAUCUACCCGCACGAAACGUCCCCAAGCGUUCCCGACAACUUUUUUUCAAACGGAACCAGCGAGAAACGCCAGCUGCUCAAGAGCAAAACGAGCGCUGACCCUUGACCCGAAGCGCGGAGGCCGCCCCGGACGGGUGCCCGACCUUUGCCCCCCCCCAUCCCGCUUUGUGUUCCGCACGCCGGACGAAAUUCUGCCGCUGACUUUCGGACGCCGGCCGUGCGCUUUCGUCCUCGUUGCCAUCAUUUUCUUCACAUUGUGAGGAGAAGAGAAAAAAAAAAUGUAAUUCUGCCUCUUUUUUUUUUUUUUUUUUUUUUUCUCUCCCCCUCCCCCUGACGGCCACUUUUUGUUCGGACGAGAUUGAAAUGUGAACGGGUUGACAAAUGUAUCCCAAAAAAAAAAAAGUCUCCAUGUAAGGUAACAUUUGCCAUUUCUGAUUGUCAUAAGCUUUCUAUCGCUCUUGACUUUUGGAUUGUUUUUUCUUUUGAACUUACCUACCCAAAGGCCAAAGUGUAAGAUAUCAAAUGUAGAUAAGAAAGCUUUUAUUUUAUCUUGCCAAUGAAGUUGACGCCCGCUAACGGCUCAUCUAUGCAUUCUUUUCACGGCGAAAGUCGUAACAGAGCCUUGCAUGCCCGAGGACGAGCGAGCCAGAGACUGAACAAAAUAUUUGUAUUUUAUUUAUUCUAUUUUAUAAAGCUAUAUCGUGAUCGUGUUGACGGAGGCUGGCAAAGUUUCAUUUUGUGUGACUUGUUUCGGUUUUCCCGACGCUCCGCAACAGGCAGAAAAAUGUCUCGGAAGCGCACGCGCGACAUUUAACGCCACUCACUGAUUUGUAGCCCUCGUCAAUGUAAGCAAUUGUGAGAAUAAACGUCACCUUGAAACGGA